UGUUUUCAUUUUUCAUUUCAAGAGGUGGCGUUUUCGUUGGCGGGAACAAUAAUAAAUGUUAUCACAGUGAAAAUUCAAUGAAAAUCUGUUCCAAAACUUUCUUAACAUCUUCGUACCAGAGUGUCCACCAUGGCUAAUCUGCAGCAACUGCGAUCAGAGGUCAAUAAUGCCUUCAAAUUGAGUGGUUUCACCAUACGCCGGGAAGCCAGCACCUUUGUUGCUGAACAGUUGGCCUCCUUAACCUCACAAGAAAGACAGAAGACUAUCGAUAAAUUGACCGCUCAUAUUCUUCGUCAGUGUUUGUCCCAGCCAGUCCUAGAGAAAGAGCAGGUAGAGACAGCCUUAAAAGAAUGUUCUAGUUCAGGGCUUGAAGAAACAGAGACUGUGCUAAAUGUAAUAGAUGCAUUCAGUAUUCCGAAGCUCAACUACGACAACGAACGGAAACGGUUCUUAAAAGACGUGAAUUCACCUAACAAUCUAUUCCCAGACCCUAAGUGGAAGGCUCAGUUCUUAAUAGACAGAUACACAAUCAUAUGGCAGAGAACAAUAAGGAAUAAACUGUUUGCGCAGGAAAAGCUGCCAGGUUAUGAGAGCGAGAAGAACUUUGAACUGCGUAAGAUUGAGGUACUACUGAGUUCAUCGAGUCGGAUAGAUGAGGUUAUUGUAUUGGGCCUCUUAACACAACUAACAGAAGGCAAAUUUUACCUUGAAGACCCAACUGGCAGUGUUCUACUAGAUAUGUCUCAGACGAGGUAUCACUCUGGCCUUUUUACGGAGAGCAGUUUUGUGUUAGCGGAAGGCUACUUUGAUGAUAAAGUCCUACAUGUCAUGGGUCUUGUCUUACCACCAUCAGAAAACCGUGCGGCUUCAUUACCUUACUUUGGCAACAUAAACACAUUUGGGGGAAAAUCUAGAAGCCUACUCAAAAAUUCACAGAACUUACUCAAAAUAGAACAACAAAAUGAAGAUGGCAUGAUAAUCUUCCUAUCUGAUGUAUGGUUUGAUAACCUAAAAGUGAUGUCAAAUUUGAAAACCUUAUUUACAGGUUACAAUGAGUUUCCACCAAUAGCCAUAGUAUUUAUGGGUGAAUUCCUAUCUUGCCCUUAUGGUUUUGAACAUAGCACUCAACUGAAAUCAUCACUCACAAGCUUAGGAGAACUAAUUCACCAGUUCACUAACCUUCGAGAGUCCUGUAAAUUCAUAUUUGUACCGGGAAGAAGCGACCCCAGUGCCCCAAACAUACUCCCAAGACAAGCAAUACCUAACUCUAUUACAGAGCCAAUAAGAAACAAGCUUGGAGACACAGUGAUCUUCACUACAAAUCCGUGCAGGAUUCAGUACUGUACGCAAGAAAUUGUUGUAAUAAGACAGGAUUUGGUCACAAAAAUGUGUAGGAACUCCAUACAUUUCCCAGAGACAGGGGAUAUACCUGAUCAUUUAACGAAGACCCUGCUCAGUCAAUGUACAUUGUCACCAUUGUCUUUGGGAAUACAACCCGUAUUCUGGAAGCAUGCUGAAGCCCUCAGUUUAUAUCCAAUGCCAGAUUUAGUGGUUGUAGCUGAUCAUUUUCAACCCUACACAAGGUCCUAUCAAAACUGUCAAGUCGUGAAUCCGGGAUCUUUCCCAAGAACUGAAUAUUCAUUUAAAGUGUACGUACCAGCUUCUAAAACAGUUGAAGACUCACAAAUACCGAAAGAGGAUGAUACAUGAUAAAAAGUGGAGAAGUUAUUGAAUCUGUGUUAAAUUAUGAAAUAACUGUAAGAUAAUGUGGGUAGAUUGAAAUUUUAAAUAAAGAACGUUUUUAAUAGUCUA